GCAAAUGUGUAUAUGCCAGUCGAUAUCGAGUUGGUGGUGGAUUCUGAAGACGAGACCCGAAAACCGAAAGAUAACCGAAUCCACGAUUGCCACUUUUGACACAAAAAGUCCAAAACUGGAUUUUUUUCUCUUGCUGGCACACAGCCCAUCAUUUUUUCACAAUCUGCCAAGUGAAUAUCAUCGGUUGCUGAACCACCAACGCCACAUCCAUGUUAAUGCCACGUUAUCUGGGCCUGAACGAUAGCUCCUCGUCGUCUGGCAGCCACGGACCUGCAGGAGCACCGGGAGGCAGCUCCUCCUCCUCCUCCUCCCCGCCGACGACGGUGGCCGCCCACACGAAGAUGCGGCUGCUGAGCAAAGUGGAGCACAACAUGCGUCAGAGCCAAGGUCACAGCAUCCAGAGUCAUCCGAGCGGCGGGCAGGACAUCAACCACCUACUGCACACAGCCUCAACGGGCAACGGGGUGGUGGGCGACGUGGACGGACUGCUGACGCCCAUGCGCAUUAAGGCCCAUCUGUCGCCACCCUACUCCGCCGGAAGUUCCGUGAAGAGCGAGUCCCUCAGCUCGAGCUCUCGGCCGGAACGCAACCUGUGGAGCCGGGCCGAGAUGCUGGAGAUGCUGAGCAUCAUGCAGAAUCUGAAUGCCCUGGAGCAGCUAAACGACCGGAAUAUGAAGAGCGAGCAUGUCUUCCGGCAGAUCGAGGAGGUGAUGCGCAGCAAGGGUUAUGUCAAGAAGUCCAGCAUUCAGAUCUGGACCAAAUGGAAGUUCCUCAAGUCCACCUACAACACCACGACGCGACAUGGCACCGGGGUGCCCAAAGUGGUGCCCGAGGAGGUCUACCGCGUCCUCUGCCGAAUGCUCAGCGACUCGAGUCACGGCGGGAGUAGCGGAAAUAUCAACGGCAGCCUCAGCGAAUGCGGCAACUCCAUGGACAGCUCCAAGACGGCGGGAGAGGACAACAAGGAGGAUAUCCUGGGUGUGGAGCAUCCCAUAUUCGGCUUUCGACUGGGACCCAUCAAACCGGAGCCAAUCGAUACAGGCUAUGAAAAUCCCCAGAAGCCGGAUAUGGUAUCGGAACCCGAUCUGGAGGCCUUCGACUACGAGGCCGGGAGCUCCCAGGCCGACCUGGGCGAGCAGGAGGAGGUGCCCCACUUGCCGUUCAUCGUCUCCGUGAAGCACGAACCCGACAUGGACCUGGGCAUGGACACCACCAACACACCGCCGCCCACGGCGCCAGCCUCUCCGUCGCCGCCGCCGCCAGUGGCGCUGGAGGAGACCGACGACGACGAGUGCAGUGUCUACUCAUCCACACCGGUUGCUAAUCCUCCGCCGCUGCGCGUUGCCUCCUUUGCCUCCUCCAAGGACGAGCUGCGGCGGCCCACGCACGGCAUCCUGCAGAUCGAUCGCCCGCCGCCGACGCUCACCAAGAUGGGCAGUCCGGGCAGUCAAUCGCUGAGUCGAUCCCUGCCGCUCCAGAGCACCAGCAGCAUUAACUUUGUGCAUCCGCACAGCAAGCUGAUGCUGCCGCGCAAGCAGAAUCCCAAUGGCGGGCUUCGUCUGCCCAGGGACAUCAGUGUCCAGUCGACGGGGAUGAGGAUGAAGACGGUGCCGAUGAGGGAAACGGGCUAUUCCCUGCGUCCGGAUCGAAUGAUCCCAGAUAUUGAUCAAUCUGUGGCCAGUCCACCGCAAUCGCCGUCCACGAUGGCCGCUCUUCUGAGUCGCGGACCGCCGCCCAAGUAUCCGUUGGUUGGACAACCGGCGGGAGCCUCCACCAGCAGGCAGGCCCAUUUAAUGUCCAGCCAUCAGUUGACCCCACUGCAGCACCAGCAGCUCCAGCAGCCGCGGAAGCGUCGCCUGGGCCAGAGUCCCAUCAUGGGCAUGCCUGUGCCGGUGAAGCUGCAGCGCAGCAGCACCAAUAUGAUCCGAUCUCAGCCAGGAAAUCAGCAGCAGAGUGAGGAUAGUUCCAAGAAGAAGACAAGCAGCGGGGAGGAGGAGACGAAGCAGCGCAAGAAGCGGCAGGAGGAGCUGUUCGCCCAGGAGCUCAGCCAACUGGCCAGCGCCAUGCGCUCGGUUCAAAAGGAGAUGCUGCAGGACUUCUUCGCGCAGCAAAAGGAGAUCGCUCGGCGGGAGCACGAGUUCCAGAUGAAGCAGGAUUCUAUGGUUAUGCGGGCACUGCGCAGGCAAACCGAUGCGCUGCUUAAAACGGCCAACGAACUGGUCAAUGGAGGAGCUUCAGAGGCAGCUAAAAUGGAACCCGAACCCAUUAUACCCGAAACUCAAAUGCCAUUCGAGCCGGAAACGGAGUUGAAAACUCCAGAAAGCGAAGAGGAAGCUGGGGAAGCUGAAGAUGAUGAUGUGGAGGAGACUAUGGGAGAUCCAGAAGAUGAAGAUGAUGAUGAAAAUGAUGAGGAGGACGACGACGACGACGAGGAGGAUGAUGAAGAGAAUAUGGGCCAUGAGAGCGACCUGGAAAUGUCCACGCUCGCCAUGUCCGAGGGCUCCAACAACGUUGAAGUUAUAGAGUAAUCCCUCUUAAUCCCUCCUACCACACAUCUCCAAGUAUUACCCCAAAAAGACAACACACCAUUGUUAAUACCGAUUCAUUCCAAUCGCAUUCCUUAAGCUAUAUAUACUAUAUAUAUAUAUCUAUAUUCCUAGAGCCAGACCCGCGCAUUGUUAAAAGACUUGAUUAUAUUUAAGCAUUAAUACAUAAAUGAAGCCUAAAGUAAAUUAAAAUGUAUUUAUUGUUCAUCGACCGUCUAUAUGCCCCAAAGUGCUGUAAAGUUAUUGAAACCACAAAAAUACUUAGGUAACCAUAUGAUAUAUAUCAAAAUAUAUAAAGUACCUUGUACGAAAACAAAAGAAA